UUGACAUUUGACAUGAGAUUGGAAAACUUCAAAACUGUUCAAAACACAAACAAUAAUCAACAUUAAUUUUAAAAUAAUUAUCAAUUUCUGCUGAUUUAAUACAAACAACCAAAAGAGAUGGCAGAAAAGAAAAAAAAAGUCAUUAUAACAAAGGAAAUCAUAAAUUCACCUAUUGCAAAAAGACCCGUAAUUCUGAAAUCGGAUCGUGAAACAACAAAAGAACAAAAAGAAAAAGCGGACAAGGAAAAACAACCUACAAUAAUACUAAAAACUCGUGAGCAAAGUGCCCCAAAGGAUGAAAGACCAGUUAGUCCUAAGUCACAAUCAAUAGACGAAGGACCACAACCGAACAAAAUAGCACAAAAUGAAUCAAAGGAGAAAAAAGAGCAUAAACCAUGUCCCCCUUUGAAAGUAAUGACAGAACCAAUGAAGUUACUUGACGAAAACUUGGAAUUCAACCUUGCAGCACUUGAGUUUUUGAAUGAUAACAAUACAAAUUAUUUGGUUAUCGGUGUUAUUGGUAUGCAAGGAGUGGGUAAAUCUUUAAUAAUGAAUCUUAUUAACCAGAACAAACCAAUUGAUGACCUAUGUCAUGAAAUUUUACAUUCACAUGAAGUGCCAGAAGAAAAUCAAGGUUUUGAGUCAAAUGUUAACAGUGUAGAAAAUCAAAUGGAGAAUCUGAACUUUAUAGAUAAUGAUAAAAAGGAAAAAAAGGAAAAUAUCAGCAAUACUAGUCCGUUUAUAUUUAAUAUGCAAAACAUUGAACAAAUAGAGAGGGGCAGCCAAUGUACUAGGGGUAUAGAUAUGUAUGUAACAAGUGACCGUGUUAUACUCCUGGACUGCCAGCCCCUUUGGUCGCCAUGCUUAAUUGACACAAAUAUAAGUACAAUAACUUCUAGAAGUGCUAAUAUAGUCACAGUUGAUUGCUUGCAAAUAGCGUCAUAUUUGAUGGCAAUUUGCCAUGUUUUAAUUGCAGUACAGGAUUGGUUUACUGAUUAUAACUUUAUAAGGUACAUUCAAACAGCAGAGAUGUUAAAACCCUCACUGUCUGCAAGCACAAAUGUAACUCAAGACAAUUCAGAAUCAACAUUGUCUGGAGAAUGUAAUCCUCACUUACUUUUACUUCACAAUAGAUGUCAAUUAGAAGAUUUUACUACCAGUAGUGUUAAAACUAUGCAAGAUCUGUAUAGGAAAGCAUUCCAAAGAUCAAAUCUGCAACUAAACUCUGGCAUGUACUUAUAUAGUGAUGCCAACAGAAAUGGUCUCAAUGUAAAUAGUGUGAGCCAAUCAUACAAUGUCGAUAGUUGUGGUCAACCAAUCAAUUUGUUCCUUUUGCCAGAAGUCUAUAGCGAUUACGGUAACAAAGAAAUUUACCGAGGCCAUCCUUCUUUCGAAGAAUUAGCCCAUCGAUUGCGAUGGAUGCUAUUAGGAGUUAAUAGACACCAAAUCACAAACGUCCCAAAUCUAUCGGAAAAAGGCUGGUUCCAUUUCUGCAACAGAGCUUGGGAAACUAUAAAGAAGUGCACAUUUUUCCUAGAAUAUGAACGAUUUUUACCUUAAUCGGUAAUGUUGUUAUCAAGCGGGAAAGUGAGAUAAAUACGCAGGUGUUCGCAAAUGAAACGAUAAUAAUUGAUGUAAUAAAAGAAAUUCUAUUUA